GGAAUUUAUUAAGCACUCAUUGUGGGCCAAUGCAUUUGUAAAAAAUAGUUCGAAUUCCAACGACAACGGAACGUUUCGUGAAUAAUACUGGCCACAUCGCCAUUGGUAACCGUUGUGUCAACAAAUAUUUUUUUUUUGUUUACGAACGUCGUCGGUCGCCGUGCGAGAAAUUCAAAGUUGAUCACCGGAAUUUAAUGUGUCGUGAAAAGUGUUUAUUUGUUAAUUCUGUUCGUGAAUUAGUGUUACGUGAUGGGGAAUUGUUGGGGCGGCGUAUUCCACAGACGCAGGACACGUCGUCACAUAGUUUUGAUUUUGAUCGGUUUAGACAACGCUGGUAAAACGAAGACAGUUAAUAAUUUAGCAGGAGAAGUGGACGACACAGUUUUGCCCACUGUUGGGUUCAAAGCUGUGAAUCUGGUGCACAAAGAUACCCCAGUCACGAUAUACGAUUUGGGUGGCGGGCCCCAUUUUCGACAAAUAUGGUCACAAUAUUACAGCGAGGUGCACGGAAUUAUAUUCGUUAUCGAUUCCAGCGAUUUUUCACGGCUCGACGAGUGCAGAAUUGUUUUAGAAGAGGUCUUAUCACAUGAUAAAAUUGCAGGUAAACCGGUGUUGGUGUUGGCAAACAAACAAGACAAAACUGGUGCUUUGGAUGACAUCGAUGUUGUGGAGAAGCUUAACAUAGAACCAUUGGUUAAUAAAUACAGAUGCCCCACCCUAGUAGAAUCUUACACUGCCCAAGUCACAAAUAAGUCCAAGAAACCAAAGAUCGACCCGGGCUUACGCAAGGGUUACCAAUGGUUACUAAACUAUAUAGUCAAACGGUACGGUGACAUAAACUUGCGCGUGCAAACAGACAUACAUGCCGACUUAGAAAGACGCAAAAGGAUGAUGAACAAAGCUUCAAACAGGGCAUCUCAGACUUUUACGGCUGUCAGCGAUGAUAUAGCAACUCAAACAGGCUUUGAAAACCCCAAUUUCGACCCUAAAGCCCUCGCAACAGACAGGGAAAGGGAGAAGAACUUAGAACGCGGUGUUAUUGUAGUUAAACCUAUAACGACGAGCGUGGACACUACAAUGACUGUGGAUAGCGUUGAUAGUGACAAUACAAGUGCCAAACCCAAGCUCUCCCCGUUAUUCGGCAGAGCUAGUGACAGUUCAGGACUCACUGAAACAGUAAAAGUGGAGUUGGAAUCGAGGAGUGAGUUUAGAAAGUUGUCGCCUAUUGUCAGACUCAAGAAUGGGAAUCAACAUAAUCAUAUAGAUUUCGUUAAUCGACCGCAGUCUAGCCCUAGUUUCAAGAAACAUAACAAGACUGAUUCGAGCAAAAACUCUUUGCUUCAUGACGAUGAUGUGAAAGAAGUCCGCGAGUACUCGCAAUACGGCGACGGGAGUCAAACCUGGGACGGCAGCUCUAGAGAGAGGAAGCACCGUGUCUUAGUCAACGACAUUGAGUUAUCACACAUGCACAGAGAAAUCGUGCUCACAGAACGGGAUUUCGCAAGCAAGACAGCGUCUUCAGAGGUGAUAUUGCAAGCUUCUACGCUGCCUUUGAGCGCGCGGCCAGCGUCUGCAUCCCAACUGGUGCGGCGACAAUUGGAGAUAUCCGCUCAGCAUAAGAGGAGGCUGAGUUUGAGAUAUAUGCAUCGCAACAAGACGAGUCCGGAACGUAUGUCGAUGCUAAUAUACGAACCGAAGGCUCCCCAGCGACAUCUAGACAAAGGAGACUUUGAACAUACCGCUGUCAAUUAGUACAGGUAAGUAGGUUGAC